CCCCAAAACACUCUCCCUCUCUCUCACACACACACACACACACACGCACACAGUGACACAAGGAGAAAGAGAGACCCCAAAAAAAUUUCUCUCUCACACACACACACGCACACACAGUGACACAAGGAGAAAGAGAACCCCAAAACUCUCUCUCUCUCUCUCUCACGCGCACACACAGUGACACACAGACACCUGUACUGCCUAACCUCAAACCCCUGAGACCUUCUCAUCAUUUCCCACAAACUAAUGCUCCCACAUUUCAUCAUUUUUAGUUAGACAAGUAAGAAAAGUAAGGAAACAUAAUAUAUCUUAAUAUCUCAGAAAAAUUUAUAUAUAUAUAUAAAUCUCAGAAAAAUUUAUAUAUAUAUAUAUAUAUAUUAAUAAAAGAGUCAAGAAGAACUAAUACGGAUUCUUUUCACCACAAUCUUCUAUUGUUGUUGGUUGUAACAGUGAUUUGAAUUUGAAAGCGCCCAUCUUUUCAUGUCUAUUGACAUUGAUAGUUGGCUUGUUCAUGUCCUUUUGACCCUUUAUUUCUAUCUUUCCCUAUUUCUUCAUCUUUGUCAAGAAGUGAUAAGUGGGUUUUGAAUUAGAAACUCACUGUGUCACUGUGUGUGAGAGAGAGAGAGAAAGAAUGGGUUCUCUGGGACUUGAAGUUGCAAAGAAGGCAAUGUGGCUCUAUCCAAAGGUCAUGGGUUUUAAUCCUUGUGAGAGAUGGGGACACUCUGCUUGUUACUCCAAUGGAUUUAUCUAUGUCUUUGGGGGAUGCUGUGGAGGUUUGCAUUUCAGUGAUGUCCUUGUGCUAAACCUGGAUACAAUGGCUUGGAACACACUUGUGACCAGUGGACAAGGGCCAGGCCCGAGAGAUAGCCAUAGUGCAGUACUUGUGGGGCAUAAGAUGAUCGUCUUUGGUGGCACAAAUGGUUGUAAGAAGGUCAAUGACAUUCAUAUAUUAGAUCUCAAGUCAAGAGAGUGGAUCCAACCAGAUUGUAACGGCGUUCCACCUUCCCCUCGCGAAAGUCACACUGCCACACUCGUCGGCGACGACACAUUGGUGUUUUUCGGGGGUAGUGGAGAAGGGGAGGCAAAUUAUUUGAACGAUUUACAUAUUCUGGACCUCAAGAACAUGAGGUGGAGUUCCCCUGAGGUGAAGGGUGAUGUUCCUGUCCCCAGGGACAGUCACAGCACUGUUGCAAUAGGGAACAAGCUGUUCGUCUAUGGCGGAGACUGUGGUGAUCGGUAUCAAGGUGAUGUUGAUCUGCUUGAUAUGGAUACGUUGACUUGGUCGCAGUUGGCUGUUCAAGGAUCUUCACCCGGUGUUCGAGCAGGUCAUGCUGCUGUGAAUAUCGGAGCAAAGAUAUAUGUCAUUGGAGGGGUGGGGGAGAAGCAAUACUACAAUGACGUUUGUGUCCUUGAUACAAGUAUCUGUUCAUGGAGUCAGCUUGAGAUACACGGCCAGCAACCACAGGGGCGGUUUUCCCAUACAGCCAUUGUUACCGAGACGGACAUUGUGAUCUUCGGAGGGUGCGGAGAGGAUGAGCGUCCUCUCAACGAGAUAGUUGUUUUGCAGUUUGGAGCAAAACAUACCAAUAGCCGUUACGAAACUUCCUUGUGCAAAAUUUUCGGACAGCAUGGCAACCAAGAAAAGCUAAGGUUUUCAAGAGAAGCCGAGAAUAAAAAAGUGCAGAGAAAUAUGUUUUUGGAGAAUAACGGAGAGCUAGUAAGAAAGGAAGUUCGCAAGAUGGAAACAGAAUCAAAGCAUUCUUUAAGGUUCAAUUCAGAUGCUUUGUAUCCAAAGAGGAGAAGAACCAGCAAUUCAAAGCCGUGGGAGAUAGAAUCAGAACCGGAGGAGCAUUCUCUUUCACUCUCUCAGCACUCGUCUCCAACUCAAUCCGAUCAAGAACAGACCCCAGUGAAGAAAGCGACUUCUGCCAAGGCUUCUCUAGGUUUUCCUUUGUUUAAGCAGCAAAAUCAUAUUCCAAGCAAUUGCGUGUCUAACAAUGUCCUGAGUAACCAAGAAAAGCCCAAAUAUAUUGCUGAAAGGACUUCGGUGGCUCUCCAUUGUUUGGGAGAGCCUAUAAAGCAGCCAAAGGCAGAACAAUAUCGUCGCGUUGUUCAUACGGAUAGACAUGAAGCGCAAUACCCUGCAGCAGAACAGAGACAUUUGGAAGGACCACCCUUCCAAAACCUGAUUGGAGCCGAGGUUCGAGGCAAAGUUGAUGGAGCUUUCGAUUGUGGUUACCUGAUGACUGCAACUGUCAAUGGAAAGAUUUUUAGAGGGGUCUUGUUUGCUCCGGGACCUGAGGUUGUCUCAAGAAGUGCCAUUCUGAGUCAAAAUCCUCCAUCCAUGACAAGUCAGAUAGCCGUUGCUCAACCAUUCCAAAACCCAAGGCAUUCCCAGCAAUUAACACCACUCUCUUUGACAGACUCCGGUCAAGGGCUCCGACAAGCUCAACUAACUCAACCAUCUUCAGUUAUCAAAGCCACUCCAUCUUUAGGCAGAGAUCCAAAGCUUAGAAAUGAUCUUCAAGGUGUGGUUCUAACGCUGGGAGGUCCGGGAAUCGGCCUUGACCACGACGGAUAGGCUGCUUUACAUUUUGUAACAUUUUGGAUAGCUUGGAUUACUCUCUUGAAUGUGGUUUCAAAGUUGAGGCUUUGUAGUUUGAAGCAAUGUUUUGAAUCAAUCAUGGAUACAAAUGUCUGUUACUCUAUGCAGUAUUUAGGAUUCUUAGUUUCUUAAGAUAAAUUAUCAUGUUUUUCAAAAGCUCGGGCAACUUCAGUUGAUA